AUGGGAAAUAACAGCUUAAACAAGAUUGUACUUCUUUCGGGGACGUUGGCCGCUGGGUUCUUGUUGAUUAUCUUGUCGUGUGCAAUCUACUCCAACUGGAAGCCCCUCAUUGAUGUCGCAAUCUUUUUGAUUGCACCAUUGCCAAACGCCAUGUGUGGAAGCGGCAAUAGCUACGACGAUCUUUUGAGUGGGGGGAAUGCCAAUUCGCUAGCAGAGUUUGGGCAGUAUGUGACCGGAUUCCUAGUGGUUUCUGGCUUGGCGUUGCCUUUGGUCUUGUACCAUUCGCACUUGAUCGAGUUUUAUGCCAUGCUCAUGAGCACUGCCGGUGGCUUGAUCAUCUACGCCAGCAUCAUCACCUUUGGGAUGUUUUUCCAGGAGGAGGAAGACGAUUACAUGGAGUUUUAG